AUGAGACCACCUCUGCGAUGUUUCAACAGUGAUUUCUUGACGCAGCUGCAGCGAGGUGUUGCGAGCCUGCGCCGACUAGUUCUGUUCUGGUUAAAAGCACUCCUCGCGACGUGUGGUGCAACAGGAAUUCUGAUGUUAGCUAUUGGCAUUGUUCUGGGGUCAUCUCUGCACAAGGCAGCUUAUGCUAUCGGCGGCGUGUUGGCUGUGGCUUAUCUCUUAGUUUUUGUGCUGACGCUGGAUGCAUGCGAGGCCGUUUGCGCACUCUUUGACUUGCUCAACAUUUCGGAUUCAGAUUCCCGGGACGACAUCUUGAGGCAGCUGAAUAGAUGCCAGAAGAAGGGACAGUCGAGAGUUUUUCCGGAAGCUGACUCCGACAGCAUCAUACAGGAAAUCCUCCAGGAGUUUCCCAGCAGGCUGAGGUCAAAUUUGUUGAAAGCGUGGCAUGUCGGACCGGCUCUGGCAGCUGCAGUGUCUUUAUGCUGCCUCUUGUCAGUCAUAUUGCUGGAAGAUAUCCCUACAGAAGUCUGCUCAUUACCUGCGGUCUCCACAAGCCUCCUGGCAGUCAGCUUUCUGCUUGGAUGUAAAGUUCAGUUGAGAACAACCCCGCUGGUGAAGUCGCUUGUUUCGGAUGAAUUCGGCAGUCCACCCUGCAAGCUCCUGGAGCUUCACAUCUUCCAUCUGCGAAGACGGGUCGCUGCAACUCCGGAAGGUCGUGCAUCUGCGAGGCACAAGUUGGCCGUUGCCGUGAAAAUGCCACGAAGCAGCAUGUUGCCGGCAGUUGAGACGGGCUGGCUAGCUGGUCUGCCAGAUGAUGAGCUUGAAGUGUUUAUGAAAGACUAUCUCCAAGCCGUGGCUCUACUUUUCGAUGUGGAUCAACUGGACCUGGCCAUCCGCCAAAUAAGCACCUUGCUACCCACUUCGAGCCUAGCAGAGGCAGUUCAAGCACGUGACAGAAUGCACCAACUGACGCAGAAGAUAAACCACGGCUUGGCAUCCCUCGACAUUCUUGCCCUACGCCAAGCAAUUGAGGAAUGCGAGAAAGAAGGUUGGCCAAGCGAGGCUUUGCAAGCGGCCAUGGCCACUAAAGAGAUCAUUGAAGGUUUAUUGGCCAGGCUGUCCAAGGCGACUUCUGGCAAAGACCUGCACUACUUGUGCUCUUUGAUUCGCGAAUGCGAAAAUUUCGGAAUACCUGGUCGAGAUUUGUCCGAAGCGCGAGCCAGGCGAGAUGCAUGGGAGAGCUUCUUGGUGUCCCUAAAGACCGCAAUUGCAGAGAAAGAUUUGGGCAAGCUCAAUGAUGUCAUCCAUGCCGGACAGGAACUGAAGAUAGAGCCUCCACAGCUGGCAGAAGCUUUUGCUACACGGGAGUACAUCAACGGUUUGCUUAAGGACCUUGAGAUGGCUAUGGACUGCAGCGAUGUUGAACAGAUCCGAAUGGCCGUAAAGAAGUGCAGCACAGUCAGCAUCCCUUCAAGCUAUCUUCACCAGGGUACAUGUCGAUUGCAAGAGUUGGAGGCAUUGUUGACCAAACUGCAGGAAGCAGUUCGAACCAAAGACCUCUCGAACAUGGACAUGUGUCUCCGGGAAUGCCAGCAGACAGGGAUACCAUCAGCAUACCUCGAGGAUGCAAUCACGCAGCAUGCAACGAUACAGUUGCUGGUGGACCAUUUAGCGGCUGCGUCAUGCGCCAGAGAUGUCAACACACUGGAGACAGCCCUCCAAGAAUGCAUGAAGCAGAGCAUACCGGACAAGUAUCUUGAAGAGGCCCUGCACGUGAAGCGAACAAUCGUGGCUCUUCAAGGCGAUAUCAGGGCGGCGAUCGACUCUAAAGACUACGACUUCGUCAACAAGUCAAUCCGGGACUGCCUUGCAUUCGGUUUGCAUUGCGACGAGCUGACACAAGCCCAGAAGUGCAAGAGCAAAAUGGAUGACAUGAUAAAGUCUUUGCGGCAGAGUGUUGAUGCUCGAGAUUUGGCUGGUAUUGAUAUUGCCCUGCGGCAUUCCGAAGACUUUGGAUUGAAAGCAGAUGAAGUAGAAGAAGCUAGGCAGAUGAAGGCAAGGAUCGAGAAGCUAUUUGUGCAGGUGAAGGCGGCCACAGAUGCAAGGGAUCCCACAGCAUUGGAGGUCGCUAUCAAUCUUUGUCGAGAUGCCGACUUGCCUCCGACGGACGUCGUUACAGAUGCUGUCUCACUGAAGUGCAAGCUGGACGAUGUGCUUGCUGGUCUACAUUUUGCCAUGAAGCAGCGAAAUGCUGAUGGCACUCGGGCUGCAAUUCGAAGCUGUGAGGCCAUGGGUGUACCUGACAUGUACACGGAAGAUGCUCGGCGAAUGCUGGAUGAACUCGAACGCCUUUUUGCACACCUACAGCAGGGCAUGUCGAACAGGAAAAUCGAGACGCUUCGGCAGGCCAUCAGUGCUUGCCGGGAAUAUGGUAUCCCAGACACAGAGAUGGAGGAGGCCAUAAGCACGAAGGCAAGCAUCGAAGAGAUCCUGUCGUCAUUGUCUCGUGCUACUGAGAGCCGAGACAUAGAGUCUCUGAAAAGUGCCCUGCUUAAGCACAAUGAAGCUGGCCUGCCACCGAGCCCGGACUUGGACGAGGCCAUGGCCAUGAAGCGGCGAAUUGAGCAGAUUUUGGCAAAGCUUGGGGUGGCCGUCCAGCUCUUGGACAUCCGAGUUCUAAAAGCUGCGAUCGAAGAGUGCCAAUCAAAUGGUCUUCCAGAUCAGGACUUGAACGAGGCCCUCCUUGCUAAGGAGAGCAUCGAGCGCAUGCUAGCAACGGUGCGAUUCUCCAUCGAUUGCAAGAACAUGUCCGGCAUAGAGGCUGCAAUCAAGGACUGUCCCAUCGACCUGCUGCGUGCAGCCCUUGAAGAGUGUCAUGCGGCUGAAGUUCCUGGAUACGUCUUGCAGUCGGCGUUGCGGUCGAGGGCUGCAGAGUCGAGUGAGUCAGAUCGCCGCCUGAUAUACGAUUUGGGGCAAGAUGAUGAAAAGCGACUGGCCCACAACAAAGCAGUGAACAUGCUACAUGAGUCGAUUCGAUCUGGGAACGAUGUGCCUGCCGAGUUCGAGGAGUUGAUAAACGAAUUAAUUGUAAAUCAUGUUAUGUAG